AUGCCCCCUAAAACAAGCUGUGAAUGGAUUACACCAUCUAAACCAUGGUCUCGAAUAAAUGUAGACUUUGCCGGACCUUUUCAAAAUAAGACAUUUCUGAUUGUCGUCGAUGCCUAUUCGAGAUGGCCUGAGGUAUUUAUUGUAAACAAUAUGACUUCUGGAACAGUUAUUCGACAUUUAAGGAAUAUGUUUGCAACACAUGGAUUGUGUGAAACUUUAGUUUCAGAUAAUGGAACAGCAUUUGUAUCGACAGAAAUGAAAAUAUUUCUUGAAGCGAACAAAAUUAAACACGUUACUACAGCACCUUAUCACCCGACUACUAAUGGUUUAGCUGAAAGGAUGGUCCAAACCAUUAAGGAUAAACUACGAAAGAUGGAUGAUAUCCCAUGGGAUAUCAAACUUCCUAACAUUUUACUAGGUUUACGUGUUACACCUUGUACAGCAACUAAAAAGAGUCCAGCGGAACUUUUAAUGAAUAGGCGCCUACGUACUUUGCUGGAUACACUACAUCCUGAUAAUCACCAGCAAAGAAAAAGAACACAACAAAUUAUUAGUAACGCUCAAAAAAUUAAUAGAGAAUCAGAGACGGGCCAGAAUGUUAUGUAUCGGAAUUAUGGUAAUGGGCCAAGAUGGUUACCAGGAACUAUAGUAAAUAGAAAUGGACCAUCUAGUUAUGAGAUUACUACAGAAGAUGGAUCUUUGAUAAAUAGACAUAUUGAUCAAUUAAUUAACAGAAGACAAUCUGAAAUGAGUGCGAUAACCCGGAGAGAGGAUGAAGAGAUGUCCAAGAAGGAAGAUAUCGCAGAUAAUAGUGAAAUAAUGGACAAUAACUUAGCAGAGGAAAUUACUGGCUAUAACUUAGAAAAAGAUAAGACAGAUAAUGAGGUAAGAGAAGAAAUUAUUGAAAUACCUAGUCAGGAGAAAUGGGCGGAAAUGUUAGGUAUACCAACUAAUAUGGAAGUUACUUAUUCUGGGGGAAAAAUUAGGAAUAAAAUGAAUGUUCAUUCUAAGUCACCAUAUGAGAGACCUAGUAAUAACUUUAUAGCUUAA